UCGCAACAACGCCUUCGAGCCGAGCAGGUUUCGGUGAUUGGACGAGACGAUAGUGCAAAUUAUCCAGUGUGGGCACAAAGAACUGUGCAGUGCUAAUUGGAGUAAAAUGGCGCUGUCGUCUGCAGGAGGAACAAAGAAGAAAGUGUGCUAUUAUUAUGAUGGCGACGUAGGUAAUUAUUACUAUGGSCAGGGUCAUCCCAUGAAACCCCACAGGAUCCGUAUGACCCACAACCUCCUGCUCAACUAUGGACUGUACAGGAAGAUGGAGAUAUAUAGACCUCACAAGGCCAAUGGAGAGGAGAUGACCAAGUACCACAGUGACGACUACAUCAAGUUCCUGCGUUCCAUCCGGCCAGACAACAUGUCAGAACACAGCAAGCAGAUGCAGAGAUUUAAUGUAGGAGAGGAUUGCCCAGUGUUUGACGGCCUGUUUGAGUUCUGUCAGCUCUCAACGGGAGGCUCUGUCGGUAAG